AGCGAGGGAGAGACAGAGAGAUGGAAGAGAGAAGGAGGAAGGAAGGGAGAAAAACCGAUCAAGCGUGAAAAAGAAGCAGAGAUAGAAGUAAAGAGAGAGGGAGGGAGAUAAACUGCAAGUGAGAGAGACGGAGAGAGAGCGAGACCGGGAGAGGGAGUGUGAGGGAGAGGGAGCGAGAGACGGAGGGAGAGAGUGGGAGAGAGAGGUGUACGCAGCCUUGUCUGGCCACAGCCUCGUUGAGUACAGAGCUGCAGUGCAGCUGGGCUCUCCUCUCCUCUCCUCUCCUCCAGUCGCUCUCUCCGGACCCAGGCCAGGGCAGGAUGGACCCCAGGGGACGUUCCCACAGCAGGAGGGAGCGUGGCCCUGCUCCUGGCCGGGUUAGGUCUGGGACUGCAGUACCGGAGGCUGACACACGGAAGCACUGUGGUGCAGGGGCUGUCAGAGUCUUACCGCUGAGAGCACGGCCCGCUCCGAAGGGAAUGCGUCAUGACCUCUGUGGUUCUUGUUGAUGGCGGAGGAUCGGUGCUGGAGUAUGUGACCGCGGUGGAGGACCCUCAGCAGGAGGAGGGCCAGUGUGAGGAGGAGUACCCGGCCGUGAUUGUGGAACCCGUGCCCAGCCCUCGGGUGGAGCAGUGCUUCGCCGCCCAGGUUCUGGUGUACGAUGACGAGACGUACCUGAUGCAGGACGUGGCGGAGGAACAGGAGGUGGAGACGGAGGUGGUGGAGACAGUGGAGGCGUCGGUCCACAGCAGUAAUGUCCUCUGCUCGGACAAGACCAUCGAGGCGGCCGAGGCCCUCCUGCACAUGGACUCUCCCAGCAGCCUGAGGGGCGACCGCAGCCCAGUGGAGGUGUUUGUGCCGCCCUGCGUCACCACGCCGGAGUUCAUCCACGCCGCCAUGCGGCCGGACAUCAUCUCAGAGACGGUGGUGGAGGUGUCCACUGAGGAGAGUGAGCCCAUGGAGGUGUGCACCGUCAUCGAGGCCCCAGAGAGCGAGCCAAUCAAGAAGAAGAAAGUGGGAAGGAAGCCGAAGACGCAGUCGGCGGUGUCCAAUGGCUCUCCUGAACUGGGGAUAAAGAAGAAACCCAGAGAAGGGAAGGGUAACACCACAUACCUGUGGGAGUUCCUGCUGGACCUCCUCCAGGACAAGAACACCUGUCCCAGGUACAUCAAGUGGACCCAGAGGGAGAAGGGCAUCUUCAAGCUGGUGGACUCCAAGGCUGUGUCCAAGCUGUGGGGCAAACACAAGAACAAGCCUGACAUGAACUACGAGACCAUGGGCCGCGCACUGAGGUACUAUUACCAGCGGGGCAUUCUGGCCAAGGUGGAGGGCCAGCGGCUGGUGUACCAGUUCAAGGAGAUGCCCAAGAACAUCGUGGUGAUCGACGAGGAGAAGGCGGAGGCCGGGGCCGAGGACCUCCUGAGUGCGGAGAAGUCAUUCGAGCGCGUGCCCCCCUCCUCCGAGACGCUGCUGGCCAAGGGCCCGGGCAUCCUGCGGGGGGGCGGCCGCGGGGCCCCCGCCAAGGCCAAGGCCUCUCAGCCCGCGGCCCCCCGGGUGGUGACGGUCACGACCAUGGCAGACAGCAUGGCUGGACAGCAGCAGACCCACACCGCCAUCAUCCCCACGGCAACCGGGCCCAGGACGGUGCGGGUGGCCAUGCAGGUUCCCGUGGUCAUGACAUCGCUGGGGCAGAAGAUCUCAACGAUGGCGGUGCACACGGGCAGCCCCACCCUCCUCACCAACAGUGGCCCCAUCAGCGCGGGCGGGGCCCCCAAGGUGCUGUUCCAGACCAUCCCCACGGUGAUGCCGGCCACAGCCGAGAACGGGGACAAGAUCACCGUGCAGCUGGCCAAGAUCAUCACCAUCCCGGCCGGCCAGCUGGCCCAGUGCCAGCUGCAGGGCAAGGUGGGCCCCGGGGCCGCGGGGGCCCCCAGCAUCAGCCUGAUGGGGUCCCCGCUGGCCGUGCGGGCCCUCACGCCCGUGUCGAUGGCCUCGGGGGGGGCGCAGGUGGUGAGGCUGGCGUUGCCGGGGCAACACACCGUGCAGCACGGCGGGCACGCGUUGGUGCGGGUCGUCACCCCCGUCGCCAAGGCGACCACGACAGAGCAGGACCCCACCAGCCCCCAGACCCCCAGUGCUGACACCCCCACCUACAUCACGGUGAAGAUCGAGGAGCCAGACUGCUGAGGGCGGGGCCACUGGCCGGCGGGAGGGGGGUGUCUACGGCCAGACGGUGGAAGUGACUCUCUCAUUUUUAUUCUUUUUUGCGCCUUCCCAGUCAGGAGACCGUGGCACCCUCCUCGCCUCUAGAGGGUGCUCUCUCGAAACGUACGCUUUCACAAACCAAGUCCCCCCUCGUGGCUGUUCUGGUCCGAGUGACGGUGAAGACGCCCCCGAGGCUGGCACGACGCUCCCCCGUGUCUGGACAUCCGUCCCACGCUGCCCCAUGGGGUGAGGAGGCGGGGGGCACCGUCAAAAUCGCAGAGGAAACUGAACAGCAUGGGGACCAAGACAAAUCACUACAGUCUCAUACACGCGCUUACAACACCACAAACACUAAACUCAAGUACUGAAACCAAACUCAU